CCCCCACCCCCGGUCCUCGCCGGGGCUCCCCGGCCGCGCCAGCGUCUGGGCACGUUCCCCGCUAGUGACGCGUUCCACGCAGGUUCCCCGCACUUAACCUCUGCGCGCCCGGCGCGGGGCUGGCGGCGGGGAGUGCGAGCCUGCAGCCGCAGCCCCGCGGACCAUGACUUGCUACCGGGGCUUCCUGCUGGGCAGCUGCCGGCGCGUGGCGGGCGGCCGGGCGGCUCUGCGGGGCUCGGGCGCGGACGGACGGCGGCCCCUGGGGCACGGGCAGCCGCGCGAGCUGGCGGGCCGUGGCAGCCCCGCCGACGGCGGCUUCCGCCCCUCGCGGGUGGUGGUGGUGGCGAAAACCACCCGCUACGAGUUCGAGCAGCAGCGGUACCGCUACGCCGAGCUCUCGGAGGAGGACCUGAAGCAGCUGCUUGCACUGAAAGGCUCCAGCUACAGUGGACUACUUGAACGACAUCAUAUUCACACCAAAAAUGUAGAACAUAUAGUUGAUAGUUUACGGGAUGAAGGGAUUGAGGUUCGUCUAGUCAAGCGGAGGGAGUACAAUGAAGAAGCUGUUGGAUGGGCAGAUGCUGUCAUAGCGGCAGGAGGUGAUGGCACGAUGCUUCUGGCAGCGAGUAAAGUUUUGGACAGACUUAAACCUGUCAUUGGGGUCAACACUGAUCCGGAACGGUCUGAAGGUCAUUUAUGUCUGCCUGUUCGAUACACACAUUCCUUCCCUGAAGCCUUACAGAAGUUCUCUCGUGGUGAGUUCAGGUGGCUAUGGAGGCAGCGUAUCAGGUUAUAUCUGGAAGGGACUGGCAUAAACCCCAUUCCUGUGGACCUUCAUGAACAGCAGCUGAGUUUCAAUCAGCACAGCAGAGCCUUUAACGUCAAAAGAGCUGAUGACGGAAGCUCCGAGGCUUCUGGACCUCAGCUUUUGCCAGUGAGAGCACUGAAUGAAGUCUUCAUUGGGGAGAGUCUGUCAUCCAGAAUGCCUUAUUGUUGGGCUGUAGCAGUGGACAAUUUAAGAAGAAGUAUACCCAAUCUAAAGGGACUGGCUUCCUACUAUGAAAUUUCAGUUGAUGAUGGCCCCUGGGAAAAGCAGAAGAGUUCAGGGCUCAAUCUGUGUACUGGAACAGGAUCAAAGGCCUGGUCAUUCAAUAUCAACAGGGUUGCAGCUCAGGCUGUUGAAGAUGUUUUAAAUAUUGCAAGACGACAAGGAAAUCUGACUCUUCCGUUGAACAAAGACUUGGUAGAAAAAGUAACGAAUGAAUAUAACGAAUCAUUGCUCUACAGUCCCGAAGAACCAAGAAUACUUUUCAGUAUUCGAGAGCCGAUAGCAAACAGAGUUUUCUCAAGCAGCCGCCAGCGAUGUUUCUCCUCAAAAGUUUGUGUCCGUUCUCGAUGUUGGGAUGCCUGCAUGGUUGUGGAUGGAGGAACUUCUUUUGAGUUUAACGAUGGAGCCAUUGCUUCGAUGAUGAUCAAUAAAGAAGAUGAGCUUCGAACUGUGAUUCUAGAACAGUAAAGGAUUUCCUCAGAAGACAGAUUUGAUUACUAGAAACAUAUUUUUUUUUCUGCAGAUACAGAUGACCAGCCAUAAACCUCCCUUAUUUUGGUUUGUACCAAGACUGGAGUCAAAGGUGGAGACUAAAGUGGGAUCCAUGUGCUGUUCUGUUCCAUUUUGAUAGUCAAAAACUGUUCACCAUAUGAGAAAUGAUGGACUAAAUGGAUUAGAAUUAUGUUGGUGAAGCUUCUAUAUUACUUACAGUUGGUAACCAAGAGUAUUGAUAUUCUUUAUAGAGAGGAAGGUUAAAUAAAAGUUAAGUAUUUAGGAUUUCAAAUUUAACUGUACAAGCAUUUUGGUUUUUUUUUUUUUUUUCCUAACUUUGUGGAAUUGGCUGUGUGUCAUUUGAUUAGUGUAUUAUUUUUAUAGCACCUAAAAGUAAAGAUUUUUAAAAAUUUUGAUGAUGGAGAAUUUUGAUAAAUCAUGAUGUUGACCUAACUGCAGUUGGUAAAUGUGUUUUUGUAAAUGUUAAGAAUUUUCUAAUUCUAGGAAAUAAUGAUGAAAUCACUAUCGAUUGAAAAAAUUGAAUCCUUUUAAAAAUUAUUUGUAGAUGAAUUCUGACUUCUUUGGGUUAAUGUCGCCAAUGCUAGAUGAAAUACAUCUGUUGGGACAAAUCAUAAUGUCCUUGUAAAUGUAUUAAUUUUCCCAUAGCAAUUGUUGGUCAGACUUUUUUUUGAAAAAUAAAGAGUCCAGUAGUCCCUUUCCUAUUUUUGAAUCUCUAGUCUGAACUCAAGGAUUAUAAGGAGUUUGGUGAAAUGCUCAAACCUUCCUUUAGUUUUGGAGAAUUGGACUCUUUAGUAAACACAUGAGACGUAGUUCGGGAAUUGCCUGACUUUAGUGUUGUGGUUUUCAUUCAUGUAUUCUGAAUUUUAAAUAGUAGCUUUGGAGGACAGAACCUCAGAGCUCUCCACUCCCUGUAUGAAAACCACUGUAGUUUGGAAGGAAAGUGUUGUCAUUUAAUUCUUGAUCUCCUUAAAAGAAACUAGUUUCCACAAGAAGCUGCCAUUGCUAAAUGAAAUGGUGUUCUCAUGCCACUUACUCAGAGUUGUAGACUUGUCACUUGUUGGUGAAAUUGGCUUUUCAUUGACAGUAUUUAUUAAAGUCUCAUUCUGUGCCAUCUAUCACCACAUGUCAUAUAGUGAAGUGUUGGAAUGACACUGGAAUAGACUGUUAAUGGAACUGGGGCCUAGUGAGCUCAAGCUGAAAGCUAGGAUGCAGUAUCAGAUCAGAUGCUUUUAGCUUGCCAAACUCAACAUGUUGCUCUUAAUUAAAAAAAUUAAUGUCAAUGUGCAAGGCGAUCUAGGUCUGUCUAGGUUUUGUUGUUUAUCCAGAAUGUGUUCCCUAAGAGUAUCUGCAGGAGGAAAUGUGUUAGUGUUUUUGCUGAGCCAAGUCUAAUGUCUAGUAUAAUUUUUAAAAAAGACGAUAUAUUUAAGAUACCACUUUAUAUGGAAGUUAAAUUCCAUACUAUAGAAAUUCCCCUAAAAGGUUUUAAAGUACUUUGUUAGGAAAAAAAUGCCACUCCUGUCCUUACUAUAUCCAGGAAAUCUGGUUGUCCAUGAUUCACCACAGAUCUAUUAAUAUGUCCCAUUAACUGGUAACUAGCUGUGUGGAACUGUUCAUAAGCAACACUUGGAAAGAUACUAAAAUUAUUGACUGCUCCAUUUGCAAUCUAAUUUCUGCUCUGUGGCAGGAGGGGAUUUAUUUGUAAUAGAUGAAUGGCAAAGGAUGUUGGCGUGUCAAAUGUCUUUUUGAAUGGGUUAAUCUUUAAUGACCACUGUAUGCAAAUAAAAUUAAACCAUUGUCCGUUUUUUUUUA